AUGGCCCAUCACCAAGACAGCAGUCAGCCCACGGCAGAGGGACAUGCCCGCGAGGAUAGCCCUGCUUCCAUGCCUGUGCCUCAUCCUCGCAUAGUUCCGCCCAGCGAUGUAUCAAUUGCACUUCAUCUGCCCACGCCGACAAGCGAGCACCCGCAUCCGCAUCCGCACCGGCAGCCCGUCAGACAUUUAUCUGCGCCCACCUAUCAGAGCCCUCUCCGCCACCAUCGCCGAGCUCCAUCCCGAUCCAGUGGUGUCAAGGAAACUCGAGACGCUCGCUCCCACUAUGGCAGCAGCGACGACGAUGGUGGAGCCGUCCACCGGAUCAACCAGUAUAACAUCAAGCAAGAGAUAGGGCGAGGCAGUUUUGGGGCAGUCCAUCUGGCAGUGGAUCAAUAUGGGACCGAGUUCGCUGUCAAGGAGUUCUCCAAAUCACGGUUACGAAAACGAGCACAAUCGAACCUCCUCAGGAAACCGGCAUACGCCCGGCGCACAGGAGCAGGCCAACUAGCAGCUGGCGGGGGUUUCAACUCGCCUCUACACCGGCAGUCCUCCAGCGAUAGGGUCCAAGGCGUAGCCAACGACUCUCUCAGCUUGAUCAAAGAGGAAAUUGCCAUUAUGAAGAAACUGGACCAUCCCAACGUCGUCUCGCUGAUUGAAGUGCUCGACGAUCCUGAGGAAGAUUCUUUAUACAUGGUUCUGGAAAUGUGCAAGAAAGGUGUAGUCAUGAAAGUAAGCGUUGAGGAGCGCGCAAAGCCAUAUGAUCCGGAGGCGUGCAGGUGCUGGUUUCGUGACAUGAUUCUCGGGAUCGAAUAUCUCCACGCACAGGGUAUCAUCCACCGCGACAUCAAGCCCGACAAUUGUUUGAUCACUCACGACGAUGUUCUAAAGAUUGUGGAUUUUGGGGUCAGCGAAAUGUUCGAGAAAGAGUCCGAGAUGCACACUGCCAAAUCUGCAGGCAGCCCGGCGUUCAUGCCGCCGGAACUCUGUGUGGUCAAGCAUGGACCUAUCAGUGGGCGUGCAGCAGACAUUUGGAGUAUGGGCGUCACACUGUAUUGCUUGCGGUACGGUCGAAUACCUUUCGAGCAGACGAAUAUGCUGGAGCUUUAUGAGAGCAUCAAAGCCGAUUCGAUAACGCUCGAGGAUGRGCACGAUGCGGCCUUCUCCGACAUGAUGCACAGACUUUUGGAGAAGGAUCCGGCGAAGAGGAUCACGAUGGACGAGUUGAGGAUACAUCCUUGGGUAACCAAAGACGGCAUCGACCCGUUGCUUUCCGCAGAGGAGAACUGUGCAGGUCUAGUGGAGCCUCCCACAGAAGCAGAAAUGAACGAUGCCAUCACCGGUAACAUGUCGCACCUCAUGAUCGUAAUGAAAGCCGUCAAACGGUUCAAGCGACUGGUCAGGCGAAAACGCCCCGAGAUCCUCGAGAGCAUUUUCGGACGCGAAUCGCGAUUUUCACAGCCGCCUCAUUCGGUUAAGAGCAGCAGUAGUCGAAGCGUGGACACUUCCAACCGGAAUCCUGUGGAGUCUGCCUUGGUAGUGGAAGGUGUGCAUAGGGACAUUGAUAGGGAGAUACCUGAACCAAUGCGCGAGGCGAAUCAUUCACAUAAAAGCACUGCAGCUCCACAAGACGACCACGGUUCAGCCGACACAUCAGCACCCCACAAGGACCAUAUUGAACCACCUCCACCUUUACUUCGCCAGAAAUCUAGCACCUUUCCAAUCGAUAGAAACGCCAAAGGCCAAGCCCACGAUCCACUGGAAGAUCGUCUAUUCCUCCACAUUGGCGCGGAUCCCGAAUCCACACCUGAGGAUCAUCAAUUCCCGCAUGUGAGUGAGAGUCCUCAUGGCGUGGACGAGAACAUCUACGAGGCUGCAUAUCAGGAGGAGAUGAAGCGCAUUCUUGAGACCAAAGACACGGCAGACCUGGUCCUGACACGACGGGUCGAACACAUUGAGCGCCUACGCCGCCAUCCGAACGUCUUGGCAAGCAGCAUCAACCAUGCGAUUGAUUUCGCGGGCUCGACUGGUAGGCGCAUACAGGCGCGCGCUACGACGGGUGGUUUUGCGACUUUCGUGAGGGAGGCUAGGGACAACGCUCGCGAAAGGGCGAAGGAGAGGAGCGAGGGUGUCAGCACGCCCAGUUCUGGAGAAGGCAUGACUCCUACAGGAGAGGAGUCGCGUGGCGUCGGAGAGACUUCGACAGAUCAUCCGUCAACGCCUGGCUCCGCCUAUAGCGGAGGGCCCGCGAGGCUCAGGGAUGUCGCAAGAUCUCAGGCUGGCGAUGUCCUGAGGGGUGUUGCGAAGAGGUUGGACGAGAAGGCUAAUAGGCUUCAAGCGCGAGCGAACAGUGGACACAGCGUCUCCAGUACUGGGACGAGCGGUGCGUCGUCAACUACAGUACCACACGACGCUUAA